CCGCUGCGCCUGAGCUCCGGUCGUACGUAAGGUACCAGCAGCCCGCAGCGUGGAGCAGCCUGUGGGAGCAGGCCUGGGAGUCGGAAAGAGCAUGGAGCAGCAAAAGAUGGAACCCGGACAUGGGACAUGGAACAAGGGACAUGGCAUGGGAGCAUCAAGCCAUCCAUGGAGCCUGGUCCUGGCCUUCAAUCUUCUCAGUGGUUCAGCGGUUCCAGAGCCCCAGCCGGCGGCCCCCAGCGCAGUCUCUUUUUUACUUUUGGCGGCCUUUUCCUGCUUUUCCUCUGGGCUUCCCUGCGCACCGCGAAGUGUGUGGGCUGGGACGGCUACAGGGGGGAGUGAGGAGGGCCAGAAGGGGGGCGUGCGAGCUGGCUGAGAGGGCGAAGAGGCGCUCAAUCAAAUCUCGAGAUGGGCAGGCUCCCCCGUGCAUGGCGGAAAGUAUCAGCACGGCAAUAUGGGGGGUGGCCGUUUGUUUGUCAACGACGGCGGAG